AUGAGCGCGGCGCCGACCAACGUGGUGCGCUAUGACGUGCCGAACGGGGACUUUUGCGCGUACCUGAAGGGCUUCUGGAAGCGCAACCUGGAGUGGCGUCACUUCGGCGCCAGCUUCAAGCACCUGCGCUCCACCAACAACGUCGUGUUCAUCGAGGAAGACCUGGACGCGGCGCGCCAGCCCAACACCCAGUUCCUCCGGUGGUCCUUCGGCCGCACGCACAAGAAGCAGGACCUCGCCAGCGCCUACACGGUGCAGUUCAUCCCGGACGAGCAGGGCACGUUCAUGGAGUGGAGCUUCGAAGGCGUGACGUGCCACGGCGUGUUCAAGCCCGAGGCCAGCGUGGCCAUCCUCAACUUCUGUCUGCAAGAGUCCAUGGUCACCAUCACGUACCGCGUCCUCGACGCCAACACGAUGGCCGUGUGCAUUGUGGACGUGGACAGCGAGCACACGCCGACGAUCCAAUAUGGCAACAUGUAUCGCAUUAAUCCGUCCAAGUAUGACCGUGAGCCGGAGGACUGA